GCUGGUCGUGACGUGAUCACGAAUCUCGGACUUCAAACCACUCUGCUGCGAGCAACGCAUCUUUUGAUUUUGACUGGAACAUAUUCUGUGACUGCGUUGACCAUUCCUUCAUACAAUGCAGUCGCAGGCAGCUCCAGCAGCAGCAUCGAGAAUGGAUGGGACCUUGUCGGAGGUGCAGCACCACAACCACCACCACGGCGCCGCAGCGAUUGAGGACAGAGACGACUCCGAGGCCAACGACUUUACAGAUGACUUUAUGGACUCGUCUGCCAGUCUGCUGCUGCCUGCGGACCACGGCGCGGCAGGCGGCGCGACACUGCGAGCGCAACGCCGCUUCAGCUCCGUUUCCUCAUCUUCCCACGGCCGCCGUGGCACUUCUGCUGCUGCUGCUGCUGACGCUCAACCGCCGCCCUCGGAAUCCUACGCCAUUGGAGGGCCGCUGUUGAGUGACCGUCCCCAUCGAAACCGCUGGAAGGCAGCCCUGGGUUGGAUUUUCUCGCACAAGCUCUCCGAGUGGUCUGGCGUCUAUGUUCCAGGCACACUUGCCGUGUUUGGACCAAUCUUGUUCCUGCGCUUGGCCGCCGCCAUUGCAAGCUGCGGAUUGUACCUGGUACUGGCCAUGAUUCUGAUCAUCGCCGUCAUUCUUGCCAUUGCCAUUUCAGCCACCGCUACAAUUGUCUCAAGCGGACCCGUCACGUUUGGCGGCGCGUACUUUCUCAUCUCGCGCACGCUGGGGCCCGAAUUGGGCUCGACCGUUGGCACCAUGCUGUUCAUCGUGCACAUUCUCUCGGCGGCUUUCAGCGUGACAGGCUUUACGGCCAUCAUGAGCGCAACCAUCGACGACCCCAGCGCCUCGGGGUCUGGUUUUGCCAAUCCGGAAGGGUUUGGCUACUGGAUGAACUUUCUUGUCGGCAGCAUCACCAUCCUGUUUGCCCUUGUCGUGUCGUUGAUUGGGUUUCGCUUUUACGCUCGCGUGGCAGUCCUCCUCUUUCUUGUCAAAACCGCCAGCGUCCUGCUGGUGCUCGGAAGUCUACUGUUUCGCCCGCGGUUUGACACACUCCCGUACGUGCCGAUUCCAAACACCACCAUGACCAUGCUCGUGGGCUCGCUUGUUGGCGACGAUCCUGUCAGCCCCGUGACGCCAGAAUACCUAUUCACCGGCCCGAGCCGAGAGUCGUUGCAAACAAACCUCACGCCAAACUUUUCCGACGACUCCUCCUCCACCGCGGCAUCCAUGUUUCUGGACGCGUUUGGUCUGCUCUUUUCUGCCUUUACCGGUGUGCUGGCCGGCACCAAUCUUUCUUCUGAAGUCGUAAACCCUCAGCGUAGCAUUCCGCGCGGGAUGGCGCUGGCAUCCACAACGGCCGUCGUUACAUUCAUAUCGCUCGCCAUCACUAUUGCUGCAUGUGUCACGUCGCUGUUUACGCUUUCAGCCGGCGGGCUCCAGGUGCUCCUGGAACGCCUGUGCGUCUCGCAGUACAUUGUCUUUGCUGGAGUGACAUGCUCGACCGUUGGCGCAAGCAUUUUCCAUCUUCAGGGCGCCGCGCGCGUGCUCUUUCGUAUGUGUGAGGAUGGUGUCAUGCCGCUUGUCACCCGGCAAGUGUAUCGGCUCUUGUUUGCCAUCUCGCCGCGGAGCCAACUCGCGUCAGCGUCGUCCUUUGCAACCUCGUCCAGCGUGUCCGCGACAGGCCGCGAGUCGGUUGUUGCGCGUCGAAGUCAAGCCUACCGCAUGCAUCGCCAACGCUCACCAUCGUCGCUUCGCCCGAGCUCCGCUGAGAUGCACUCUGUGCUGAAUAUGCGGCUGUCCACGGGCUCGAGCCAACAGAACACCCCUCUGCUGCAGUCGUACGACGACGUGGGCUUGCUGCAUGUUCAACCAGACACUCCAUUUGUGCCAUCCAUUCAAGCCGAUACAGAACAGUUGCAGGGGGUGCAAGAGAACAACCUCCUUGGCACCAAUCCGUUGACAGACGCCGUGACCGACUCUAGCAGACCCACUGCUCCUCCGAUUUUCGAAAAGUGGUACCUGGUGUUUUGCUGGUUUUGCGUCCAGUGUGCGCUCUUUGCAGGCCGCUUGGAUGUCAUUGCGCCAAUCGUCACCCUCCUGUUUCUGCUGCUCGUGGCCGUGUUGAAUGCCGGUGUGCUGAUUCUCUUUGCCCUCAACAUGCCCAACUUUCGUCCCCGCUAUCGCUACCACACCAAGCCCGUGGCUGCCAUUGGCGUUCUGCUGCCACUCGCCACCAUGUUUGCGAUCGACAUUACCAUCUCUUUGAGCAUGUUGGCGAUCGCGACGGUUGUCUUUGUGGUGUUUACCAUCACUGUGCCAUCACAAGAUUGGGGCGAUAUUACUCAAGCAGUCUUGUUCCAUCAGAUUCGCAAGUACCUUCUUCGCAUCACGUCCAAGAAAGCUCACGACAAGUACUGGCGACCCAGUUUGCUCGUUGUUGAAGUGACGACGCCAGCACAGCAACAUCCACGACAUGUGGUGACUCAAACAGUGCAACUGCGGAAAUUUGCGAACGCCAUCAAGAAAGGAGGGCUUCUCAUUAUUUCGCGAGUAGUUCUGGGUGAAUACUUGAACUCGAUGAGCACCCGACAACAAGAGCUGGACAAUCUCAAUGCGUUCAUUGACGACCAAAAAGUGAAGGCGUUCAGCAUCGUCGUGGUUGCACAAUCAGCCCGAACUGGCCUCGAACAUUUGUUACAAUCAGCCGGUCUUGGCACCAUGCGACCAAAUCUUGCCGUCCUACAUUGGCCGGCUGCAGAGCAGAUUGCAAUCUUUGCCGGCAUGAUUCGUGAUGUGCUCGUUACAGACUUGCACUUUAUGCUGGCGAAAAACUUUGCCAAUUUUGACUUUGAACGCGCCAAGCGAAUUGCCAAAAAGGCUGAGGCCUUGCAACCAUCUCGAUUGCUGCAGUCGUCGUCUUCUCCCAGCGUGGAGCCUGCCGCAAGGUUUUCCAAUCGUGCUUUCCGCGCAAACGAGGCUCAGCUGAACGAGCGGCGCUCUCCCAAGAUGCAUAUUGAUGUGUGGACGUGCUGCAUUUCCACUGCUGCGACGGAGCUGCACCAUGGCACCAGAUGGGCUGGCUACCACGAUUCGUUCAAUUUGUGCCUGCAGCUGACCCACACGCUCCGCAUGGCUGCUUCCUGGGGUAGCACGACCCGCAUGCGCUUGGUUUCGGUUGUGCUGCGGGAUCGGGAGCUGGAUGCAGAGUAUCAUCGGUUGCAAGUCUUCCUCGACGAGAUACACUUUGAGGCCGACAUUUUGGUCGUCUCGCUUGAAAACGAGCUCAAGGAUUCCCUGCCGCCGUCUCAACCCGACGAGGACUAUGGGCGAGGCUCUGGCGUGCUCGAUCGAGUGCGGUCAAGCACCAACUUUAGCAGUUUCAGCGGCAUUAUCAUUGAUUCAUCGGCGACCUACCUCAACUGUCAAGACGUCACCACAAACUCGGUCUUUCUCGCGCUUCCGAUCGAGCGUCGUCUCGGCAUCCUUCGCGAUUGCUUGCAACACUACUCUGCUUGCAACACUACUCUAAUAACACCUGUCUCACAAUGCUCACCCUGCCACCCCCGCCACUGCUGUGCGGUCCAGAACCGCCUGUUACCUCUGACGCAGGCCCGCAAUUUACAGGAUUCCCCGACGCGGACCCGCUCGACCAGUCGUUCCUAACAUCCUCCCAAACCGACGCAGCUGCCGAGGCCAGCUACAUGCGCCAUCUCGAGCAACUCACCAACGGCCUGGGCGCUGUGGUUAUGUUAAAUGCACGGAGCAAUGUUCUUACAACGGUGUUGUGAAAGAGCACACACGAACAUGCUCAUGUGUCAUUUCUCCCCUUGAAAGAUAAAGUAGUAGAUCUACUACACGUCAACUUGUAAUAAAACAUGUAAAUUGUAUUUUGCUGUCAAUAAUUUGAAACAAAAACACAACCACAAUAAAAUUCAAACACUCACG